GCAGCUAAUACGGGCACAUUACGGCAAGGAAGGGAAGUCUUCGCCGCCCCGAGAAAACGACCACCCCUACGGCUACGCUUCCCCUCCACGGUCCCGUUCAGAAUGCCACGGGGAGUAAAAUAUAAUAAAUAUUCUCCGGAAGGAGGAAGGAAGGGCUCGUCGAGCAUGGGAUCUUGUGUCUGGGGUUUUAUACCGUUUACUUUACUACUAUACUUUACUGCCAUACCGGUAUUUUGGUUCGAUGUCUACGGUGGUGGGCUUGAAUUCGCUCCCUGGGGAGCUUUUGGAGGGUAUACUCUCGUAUCUGCCCACUAAGGUAUUGUUGCGGGUGGCUAGGGUUUCGAAGAGGAUCUGUAGCUCUGUCGAGUUCAUCGCUCGGAAGAGGUUUCGGGCCAUGGAGAUUUUGGAGGGGCAUGAUUUGGUGUUUCAGUGUUCUUCGCCUAGUAAUCGGGUAUGCUCUCUCUCUCUCCCACUAAAGAGGAGGAACGAUGGCUAAUACGGUAGGCAUCACAGUUUCACGCCCCCUACCACUACUGCUGGUACAAAGGCUCUUACGUUACCGCAUCCCAGACCACCCCGACUAAUAUCGGGGACCUAUACGCACACUUCCGCCCCCUCCCCUCCGGAACAAAGCGCUCCCAGGCCAAGCCCCAGGUACCAUCACCACCACCUCAAAUCAACGACCUCCCCAAGGCUGAUGGUGGUGGUGAACCGAAAGAACUUCCGGGUCUCCCGUUCGUAACCACUACCCUCCCCUUCGAUGCAUCAGAGUACUUCACACAACUAUGCGCCUCCUCCGUACUUGUUAAAUCAAGUCCUCGGGGGUCGACGUUCACCCGUGCAGUGCAAAUCUCGGAAAAAGAAAGUUUCUUCCGGAUUCGUAGGUCCUGGUUGCGCGCUGCUUCUAGGGCUACCGGGGGUGCGGAGGUAUUCUGGUUGGAUGAAUUGCGGAAUGUAGGGCUUCGUAUGAAGGUUGCCGAGAGUAGGUUUGCGCCCAUGGAGGAAGGGGAGGAGGAUGAGGAGGACGAGAGUGCUACUGUGUUUAUUGUUAGGUAUGAAGAAUUGGUUGUCCGUACAGGGCAUUUGGUGGAUUUGGCUGAGAGGGUGGGGGAGGAGGUUGGUAAUGCUUGAUUAAUUGAAUGGUGUGUGUUCAUUGCGAUCCUUCGGAAUUGCCGGUGGGGCUUGCUCCUACAUUUCUGUGUCUGGCCAUUGGGUUACGGGUAGGUGCGGGUACGAGGCACCAGAGAUCGGAUGGCCAUGGUUCUUACUACCGGAAACGCCAGGUUUCUGGCCCAGUCUCCUCCCGCUUCCCCUUCGGCCCUGAGGACCCUCAAUACACCUAGACUUGAGCAGAGAUGUGAUAUAAGUUACACGGGAUGGUGGAUUUGGUAAUACGCAACAAACCCCAUACCUGAAGUGUGCA